UCACAAUCAUAAAUGUCAGUCAAAAACUGCAUGAUUGCAUUUUUUCAUUCGUUAAAAGUUUAUUUUAAGUAAUAAUUUUUACUUUAUAUGUAGUUUACUUAAAUUUACAUAUAGUGUUUUUAAUAGACAUUUGCAAAAAAUGCUGAAAAAGGAUUACAGUAAUUUUGUAAGACCAGUGUCACCUUUAGAAAGUGUAAAUAACAAUGCACCUCUUACUUGUAAAUAUUUAUCUGGAGACGAAGCUAGACGUAUUUAUCUAGAAGAAAUUAAGGAAGCAAAAGACCCCAUAAAGAGUUAUAUCUCUCCAGUUGAAAGAAAUAAUCGAAAUCGUAAACGUAACUUGGAAGAAAUAUCUGACAAGGAUUUGUUAAUAUCAGUUCAAAACAAUGAUGUUAACGCUGUGACAAGAGCUCUCGAUAGGUAUCCAGAUAAGAUUAAUAUUAUUGAUGAGUACGGUUGGAGUUUACUCAUGAUAGCAUGUCAGGCCAACUCCGUGGAUACUGUUAAAUUACUCUUAAAAAGGGGCAUAGAUACAAAUGUGAGAGAUAAGGCAGGCAAUUCUGCUCGAAGUCUAGUAAUUCAAAACAAAAAUUAUGUACUGGCUAAUAUACUGUUAAGCAACAAGGAAUGUAACAAAAUUACAUCAAAUAAUUCCUACAAUAAAGUAAAUGUGAAAUUAAAAGAAGAAUAUAUUUGUGAAAUAUGUAGCAAUAGAUUUCCUGAUAAGGAAGAACAUUUGUCUUCUACCAUACAUAAUAUAAAUGCCAGUAAGGGUAAAAAAAUACCUGCAAAUUAUGUUAUUCCAGAAACAAACCGAGGUUAUCAAUUGAUGCUAAAAGGUGGGUGGGAUAAAGAAUCUGGAUUGGGACCAGAUGGUUCUGGAAAGAAAUAUCCAAUUAAAACAAUACAGAAAAAAGAUAGAAAGGGUCUGGGAUGUAAAAAGAAAAAAGAAGAUAACCUAAAUAAGCCAAUUGUAAAGCAUAAAAAUGGAAAAAUAAUAGCAUCAGAAUCUCAGAGAAGUAGAAGAAUAGAAAUAAACUUCCGAAGAGAAUUUUAUUAAAAAGAAAUGUAAUUGAAAUAAAUUGUUGUAUUAAUAAUGUUAUUAUAUUA